UCAGCGUUGAUCCCGCACGGAAAGCAACAUCUAACCGGUUCCGCAAAAGUCUGCCGCAAGUGGAGGAGUCAGGUGCAUUCCGGUCCAGUUUCGCACCAUGAGUGACAGGAGUUCUCUGUGCAGUGAUUAUUCGAGCAGAGAGCUUGCGGACGAGCUGGAAUCAUUAGGGUGGUACCAUUAUGAACUGUCACGACACGCUGCAGAGGCCCUACUUCUGUCCAAUGGGAGGGACGGGAGCUACCUUCUCAGAAACAGCCACGAGGGGCCCAACUUCCUGGCCCUCUCCGUCCGCGCGAAGGAUUCAGUCAAACACUUCCACGUGAUUCGGAAGGGCAAUGGUUAUGCCUUUGGCUUCAACCAGUUUCCAUCCCUACGAGACUUCAUCAAGCACUUUGCCAACCAGCCACUGCUAGGCAGUGAAACAGGCACCCUCAUCAUGUUGAAAUACCCAUACCCUUGCAAAGUGGAGGAGCCCUCUAUAUACGAGUCAGUCCGCGUGCACACGGCCAUGCAGACGGGACGCACAGAAGAUGACCUGGUGCCCAACGCCCCCUCGCUAGGCACGAAGGAGGGGUAUCUGGUGAAGCAGGGAGCAAUAAUCAAGAGCUGGAAAACGAGGUGGUUCACGUUAAAUAGGAACGAACUGAAAUACUUCAAAGAUAAAAUGUUUGAUGAGCCAAUUCGAACCCUGGACCUAACGGCAUGUUCUGCAGUCCAGUUUGACUACUCUCAAGAGAGGGUGAACUGCUUCUGUUUGGUGUUUCCUGAGAGGACCUUCUACCUGUGUGCUAAGACCGGAGUCGAGGCAGAUGAGUGGAUCAAGAUUCUACGAUGGAAACUGUCACAGAUACGAAAAGGUCGAUGAUGGGAAGCUGGUGAGGACCGUGCACAGCUUGCGUAGAGCUCGGGACAGAAACACGCUCAAACAUCUCAGCGGCCUAUUGCCGCGGGACACCAUGUUCCUCUGAGGAUUACCCAAGUGAAUCGUUAGUCAAGCUAGGACCUCAUCUGUGGAAACCCUCCAGCCACAUCACAGACUGUGACUCAAGGACAUUGUCUUCCCUCCAAGAAAAGCCACCUGCAGACUGACGUGAGCCAGACCAGUUAUAAGCGAAAAAUGGUUGCUGUUGACUUUGAAAUGAGGCAGACACUCAGUAACACAAGUGAUAUGGUGCAAAGGAUAGAUGACAUCACUUGCGCAAGAUGCCUUCGGCUAAGUGUAGUUUGAAAAUAUGUGUGAUCAAAAAAACACCUUUUCCAUACAUUAAAAAUUGUUACUGUGUAAGAACCCAAUAUUUUCCCAUGAUUAGAAACACUGCUUCCUGUAACAAAAUCCCACCAUUUCCUGUGAUUAGAAAACCCCUCCUACUCCUAUAAUUUAUAAACCCCUCCCUCUCCUGUAAUCAACAAGCCCUUCCUCGGGUUAGUAAGCCCCACCUGUUCCUGUUACACAGCAGAGAUGGAUUCCCUAUCCCACAAAUCCCCUUUUAUCCGUUUACCAUGGCUGUCCCAUGACUUAUUAAUCUACAGAAUUAAUAUAUUUUAAUAUUAUUAUAGUAUAGUAGUAGCACCUGAUGCUGUUGUUCUUUUUUGGCCUGUAUAUACAGUGGAUAUUUCAUAUCCUUACAUCCUAUUGUGUGUGUAUUCUGUACUAACCAGCAAAGAGAGACUGUUAUGUGACCCAAAUUUACAAAAGUAAAUAUUUCUUGUUUGCUGGAUUGAGUGCUCACUGGAGGACUGACGGGAAGACUCUCUUCCUGGUCCAUGAUGGGAUGCAACACCUGCCAAGCUUGUCGAUCAGGGCAUAUGAGACUGACACAUAUGAAUGCAAGGAACUCUUCCUCUGUGGUGAUGUCAGUGGUUCAGCUAUUUGCC